AUGGGCAGGCUGCUGCUUACGAGCGGGCAGGUGUCUGUCAUCCUGUCUGCCAUGAUCGUCUUCGCUUUCACGUUCGCCCUCUUCCUCUCUGGCUACGUGCUCCAACAGCGCUACGUCCACAACCUCCAAGCGGCGAUAAAGCCGCGCUUGCCGAAACCUCUGCCUGUGCCCAGAGCAAUGGAGGCGCCGAGGCUGGAUGAGAAAUGGGCGCGGCCCCUGGACGUGAGGCCUGAGGCGGAGGACACCAUGGCGCAGUACAUGGGCGGGCAGGAACUGGACUGGAGCCGGCUGGGCUAUGUGCAGGUGGUGAGGGAACACGUGGAGCUGUGCAGCGCAGUGAUGCUGCUGUCGGACCUGCACAGGAUGAAGAGCCCGGCGAGGAGGGUGCUCCUGUUCCCGAAGCUGUGGCUGCACGAGGCAGAUGCGGAUGGAUACAGCGCGGAGAUGUCGACAAGCAGACGACUGCUGGGCACGGCGGCGCGAAGGUACGGGGUGACGCUGAUACCGAUGGAGCCCAUGCUCGAUGGCGCAGACAGUGCCUUGCCCUCGUCGUACUCGCUCGCCAGCCUGUACUCGUUGGUCGAGUACGAGCGGCUCCUCUACCUGCAAGGGCCCGGGGUGCUGCUCGAUGCAUCGUCGCUGGACUCGUUGCUGGCCUUCUCCCGGUCCGAGCCGAUGGCAGCGUACCCAGCGACGUCCGAGAGGAAGGACAUGUCCAUGUCGCUGUUGAUGAUUCACCCCACGCAAGCCAGCUUCCAGCAGUUGAAGGCGUUGCGCACAAGCAAGCCAGCCUCGGACCUCGAGCUCUUCCGGGAGACGUUUGCGGUGCCCGGGUCACUGAUGUCAGAGUGGUCGCUGUCCAUGGGCCAUGUCGUGUACGAGUCGCAGAAGCUGCGGGCAGCAGGUGACGGGUUCAAUGCCACUGCAUUUGAGCAGUCGACGACGUUUGUGCGUCUGUGGGACCCCGAGAUGCCAGGGCCAGAGUACGACGUGCCGUACUCGACGCGGGCGAAGCUGCGGCCGCAGAACGAGCAGGCGCAGGAGGCGUGGAGCAAGCUGUACGAGGGGUUUCGGCAGCGGCGCAUGGAGGUGUGUGGGCUGGACCUCGAGUACUACUCGCCGUUGGUGCUGACGGGGCUGGCGGCGGGCGGCGCGAGUGAGGAGCUGUGA